AUGGCGGGCGCCCAGACGGAGGUCCCAGCCAACCCGCCAGCGGGGCCAGGAGCGCCUCUGCACGUGCGGCUCAAACCCAAGCAGCACGGCGGCGGCGGCGGCACGGGAUUCCGGGAUGGGCUCGCUCGGCUGAAACAGCCAGCCCGCCCACAGCGCCACCUGCCGGGCGGAGAGUGCGCGGCCUGGAGGACUCGAUCUGGGGGGCGUGAGCGUUUUCAGAGCGGUUUGGGGUCUGAGCACUGUGAAGGCCCACUUCCGCAGUUGGUGGCCCUGGGCCGCUUCCCUGACACUCCGCUUGAGGGCGCUGUGCGACAGCUGGCGCCCAGGACGGAGAACGGACCAGGGGGUGGAUAUAGAGCUCGUCGACGUCGACGCCGGCGUGGGCGUGGGGCGCGGCGCGGUGCACGCUGGGAGCUGUCACCAAACCCUUCGGCUUUCGGCCUCGGUGUAGCCGCCGCGGUUGCCAGGAGAGCGGCGCUGGCGGGAGCCGCGGAGCCCACAGCAGACAUAGAUCUUCAUUUUACUGUGAAUAACAUGUCAGCAUUAGGUGCUAAAACAAACACAUUGUUGGAAAAGGUUGCUGCUGCAGUGGACCAAUCAGCAUUCUAUAGUGCCCUCUGGGGUAGUCUUCUCACCAGUCCUGCUGUGCGUUUACCUGGAAUCACGUAUGUUCUCGCCCAUUUGAACAGGAAGCUUUCCAUGGAAGAUCAACUUUAUAUAAUUGGCAGUGAUAUUGAGUUAAUGGUAGAAGCAGUAAGUACCUCGGUGCAGGACUCAAGUGUACUUGUACAGAGAAGCACGCUGGACCUCAUACUUUUCUGUUUUCCAUUCCACAUGAGUCAGGCCACUCGACCAGAUAUGAUCAGGAUCUUGUCAGCAGCCCUUCAUGUAGUACUAAGGAGGGACAUGUCUCUGAACCGAAGACUUUAUGCAUGGCUUCUAGGUUUUGAUAACAACGGUGCUAUCAUAGGACCCAGAAGCACAAGACACAGUAAUCCUGAAGAACAUGCCACUUACUAUUUUACUACCUUUUCAAAAGAAUUGUUGGUCCAGGCAAUGGUGGGGAUCUUACACAUGAAUGGAUUUGGAGAAGAGACCACUUUAACACAGGAUCUAAAACCUUUUCGUAUUUUGAUCAGUUUACUGGACAAACCUGAGCUAGGGCCUGUAAUUCUAGAAGAUGUCCUAAUUGAAGUAUUUAGAACAUUGUAUUCUCAGUGCAAAGCAGAAUUGGAUCUUCAGAUGGAACCACCCUUCAGCAAGGAUCAUGCUCAAUUAAGCAGUAAAUUAAGGGAAAAUAAGAAAACAGCAGAGCUGAUUAAAACUGCCAACCUUCUCUUUAAUUCCUUUGAACCUUAUUAUAUGUGGGAUUAUGUGGCACGUUGGUUUGAAGAAUGUUGUAGGAGGACAAUGCAUGCCAGACUUCAGACUGGGCCUGGAGAUAGUGAGUCAUCUGAGUUACAGCUGACCAAUUUCUGCCUCCUAUAGUUUCUUUG